AUGGGAUUAUGGAUUAGUGAAAAUUGGAGAAUUGCCAACAUAACAUUAAAUUUUCAAAAAUCGGGACAAACAGCAGAAGAAAUAGUAUUAGCAAUAAUGAACACUUUAGAAAAGUAUUAUAUUAAGGACAAAGUGUUCGCACUUACUAUGGACAACACCACUACAAAUAAAGCUAUUAACCAAUUGCUCCAAAAUAAGUUGCAGAAUACAAAGUUAAUAACAAUAGAAACUCAUUGGAACUCUACAUUAGCUAUGUUUGAGAGAUAUCUUCAUCUAUAUCCAGCAAUUCAUGAGAUUUGUUCUAAAGAACCAUUAAUGCCCUCUUGCUUGAAUAAUAAAGAUUUUAUAAAUCUUAAAUCCUUCUGUCAACUCUUUAAGCUAUUCACAAGUGGCAUGCUAGUUCUUUCUAAAGAGAAUUCAAAUUCAAUUUCUAAUGCAAUAAUGGUUAUACUAGAAAUUGGUCAGCAUAUCAAUAAAUUGAAGCACUUAAAAGCAACUUUAAUUGAAGUUGGCAACUAUAGUGAAAAUAAUACAGAAGUGUUUGUUAAUAAUAUUCAGCAAAAAAUUAUUUUAUAUGGAAUGAAAUAUGCAAGCACAAGAACUUUAACUGUUGAAACAGUUGAAACAGUUGAAAUUGUUGAAUCUAAUGAUCUCUCGCUUGAAGCCUUUCAUUCAUUGAUAUCUCAUAAUUCUGUUACAUUACCCUCUAUUGGAAGAAGUUCUAUUAAAUCUAUUUCUUCGACUAUCUUAAACUUAUCUGAUAUCGGUGAAAGAAAAUUAAAUAUACAUAUGUUUGUCCAUAGUGAUGAUUUACCUAUUCAUGUAUUUAAGCCACAUAUACCAAGAACUGUUUCUAACUUCCUGUUGAAAAGGCUGCAAGAUGAUGUUCAAAAAAAGAAGACUGUUCCUUAUAGCACUCAUUACAAUUUUAAUUAUCUUACUAGUCAGUUUAAUUCUUAG